AGGAAAUUUUGCUUGGGCGCUUGAGGUUAUGGUUCAAUGAUUAUGUGUUGCGCGUUUAUUUAUGUAGAUCUGGACAGUCCGCGUUUCCAAAAAGUAUUUACAAUCAGUUACACAUGCUAUCUCCCGCCUCAUCUGUGUAUCUCUCUCUCUCUCCUCCCAUACUGCUGGUCAGUUACCCGAACCUCCCGACGCUCUCCUGUUGUCUUUUGCGGGCUCAAAGAACCAGCGACCUAUUCAUAUAUCAUUCCGCCUCUUUCAUAAUCCACCUCGCAAAACUUUUUGACCGCGAUGCGCUGCAAUGUCGUCUGGGCCUACCUUGCCUUGUCCCUAUGUUUUGUCUCUGUCGUAUAUGCAGCACCUCAUUUCAACGCCCGCGCGAGUUCUGACGAAGCGUCUGGCUCGCGACUCCCCAAAAGGACACAUUCUAAUGCUGACAUCCAGUCUAAAAGCCCAGAGGUCCAUAUUUCGUUCAUUGUCAAGGGGGCUUUGAGGGGUGUUCUGAACAACAGACAGACACUCAAUCAAUAUGAUCAGGGUCGUAUCGAAAUGCUGAUCAAACGGGCGGCCAUGAAGAAAUGGGGAUGGACAGAGGAUAAGAUCGGAAAUCUGAAGUUCAACUAUCCUGACGACCGUAUCCACUUCAAUGGUCCUCUCAUUUUCAGAUUCCUUUUCAAGGGUCCUUUUUUGGAUUGCGAGCUAGAAAACUGCCUGGGUGAAGCCACGUUUCCUGGCUCCUCAGCAGAGGGACAACCUACGGUAUCUGGAUCCAUUUAUUCAAUGACUCAAAAUGGCAAACAAAAAGAUCAGAAAAUUUACGAUUCUUACUCUGAUUGACAAUCAGGCCAGUGUCGUUCAUUUCGAAUGUAUGUAUCGUUGCGAUGGUCUGGCAUAUUUUAGAAGAUCAAUGGAGGGGCAGUAUGGAUGCCUUAGAAAGCGGCGAUAUACUUCUGGUGUAUCUGAACAGGGUCCGACUUCGAGUAGUUUGAUCUAUAUACAUGGGCUUAUGAAGUCAGAAAAGGAUAGAGAGAGAGUACAACAGCCUUAGAAAAUGCCGGUGAGCAGGGAUAAGUCUUGCGGCGAAAAAGAAGCUUCUCUAUAUAUCUCACCUUGCUUGCAAUGGUCAUUGAGCAUCCAUACCUCAAGUGCCUUUGCAAAAUUUCCUUUUAAAGUUGUCUCUGUCUGUUCUGACGGCGGCGCAGGGUCACAUUUAUGCCUUAUGGGACAAAAGGGAUCCGGAUGCAGCCCUUUUACUCAUCUAACAGUGACUCCGACUCCAACCCUGCACUUUACCUGUCCCAAAACAGCCUUGAACAGCACUGAACAGCAU